AUGUCCUCUGCGUCGGAUUAUCGGAAAGAAGUAUCUGUGUCUACAGUUAGGCAGCGCAGCUUAUUCACGGCAAAUGCAUUCGCACCGGGUGAAGUAUAUCGUCCAGCUUUACACCAUGCUGAAGAACCUUCAUCCACAUCAAAUUUCGUGAAAUGUUACGAAGUCCCCACCCACGGUAUUGGCGGCGAAGGAUUGUAUGCAGCAGCCGCAAUGUGCUCCUCAUCUGCAGCAGCUGCGUCCGUGUCUUCAGCAACAUCCCUGACGGCGGCAACAUCUUCCUUCACGAGCCUGCAGCCUCUAUGGCAAACACCAGUGGCGAGAGCAGGAAAGUGCCCGACGGGAUUAUAUCCAGGUGAUGAUUUAUAUCCUUAUUAUGAAAAGAAAGAGCCAUCGUGGCGUGACCCAAUCUCCGAAGUUGCUCUUGAAAGCAACUCGCCGCCCUUGGGGUUGCCCAACGCGCAACCAUCCAUAGCUUUGACAGGUGGAGCAACCGCCACUCCUCACGGAACGAUUUCUGUUAGAUUGCGCGAAAGGAUCAGGGUGGACUUGACCAUCGACAAGGCAGUUCGCGUCAUCAAUUUCAAGAACAACAUUGUUCUGAGCCUUGCUGGAACUGGUUCGGCCGCCGCCUUAAUGCACCCUAAUGGCAGAGUCUACCAGUACGGGUCCAGGGUAGAAAUUUUGGCACAUGAUGUGCACAAUAGUAAUAACCGAUACGCGAAAAUGUGGCACAAAGGCGUGAGUUUUACAAGCGACCAGUGCGCAUUAGUCUACUUAGUCGACGCCGCCGGAACGCGAACAACUACUGAUUCCUUCACGGAUAUGACCCAAGAUUUCUCUCUGAGCGUCUUUUAUAAUGAAUCACGUCAUGGACCCCAGUAUUUCCAGGAAGCUCUAGGGCUGCUCCAGGGUUCUGAAUAUUGGUACACGGACGAUGGCACCGAUAACUACGUUAUUAAUAACGUUCGAAUUUCUCAAACUCUAGAUGGCUUGGUAAGGAUUCGCAGAAACUGCAACAAGUGUAUGAUUCGCACAAGUCCAUCUAACGGAUCGGCCACAUUAACGACACCUUUCAUGCAUUGCACGGCUUCUAUGGGGCACACGUCGCAUUUAUUCGUCAGACGCGGAGAACGAAGGAUGCACUUCGACGGGAAAUCGUUUAUUGUGCGAAAUGCUGGACAUUCUGCAGGUUUCGAUGAGAAGAAUAUGCUGAAAGUCUAUUAAAUGACACCCCAUACAAACAGCAUUUUUUCAUUUAUUUUGAUACUUUCCGUCUUUAAACACACAGGCACACGACAUCGAACACAAGUCAGCCAGCUGGUGACUGAAUAAUCUUCAAUGAGAAUACUCAAGAACAUGAAUGAAGAUUUACACAAAGAACACGCACAUCUGAUAAAUUCCAGUUAAGUUUUUACAAAUUUUAAGAUUUUUAAGCUCAUGGAUUAUGGCUACGUAUGAUAAAAGUGAUUACAAAAUUUUUUGACUGAUGUCAAUGAAUAUUGUAGAAGUAUUUGUGCAUGAAAGUAGAAUUCGAAAAUUUAUGGAAUAUUCACAUGCAAGCAAAUGCAACAAUGUUCGAUAUCUUUAGU